AUGGUCGAAUCUACUGCUUUGGUUACUGGGGCCAACGGUUUCAUCGGUCAGGCUUUGACCUACCAAUUGCUUCAGGAUGGUUAUAAGGUUAUUGGACAAGUACGUUCGACUGAAAAGGGCAAACAAUUGAGUGCAUUGGUUGAUGAUACCAGCUUCUCAUACGUAGUCGUCCCAACCUUAGAACAAAAGGGUGCCUUCGAUAAAGUUUUGGAGGAAAACCAUCAGAUUGAAACCAUUUUUCACAUUGCGUCUCCCGUAACCAAGUUCAAAGAUGACAUUGAAUCAAAGAUGCUUAUUCCAGCCAUUGAAGGUACUAAGAAUAUCUUGAAAUCAAUAACGGAUAAGGCACCUCAGCUCAAACACUUUGUCUACACUUCAUCUAGUAUCGCUCAACUUAACUAUGGAGCUGAUGCUAUUGCUGAUGAAGAUUCGUGGUCUGAUAUUACCUACGAAGAAUCCAAAGUUAAUGGGUUCACAGGCUACGCUGGCUCAAAGAAGUUUGCUGAGAAAGAAGUAUGGAAGUUCCGCAACGAACAGAAACCGUCGUUUACUAUCACAACCAUAUUACCAUCACUUGUUUUUGGACCCCAAGCUUAUGAAGGAAGCAUAUUCCACCUGACUUCCUCUGCUUCCGUAUUUGAGAGUGCUAUCAAAUCCAAGACCAAAGAAGAAAUGGAAGCUGCAUUGGCAUUUCCAUACGUCAUCGAUAUAAGGGACGUGGUCAAAGCACAUAUAUUUGCAGCCGAAAACGAACAAGCUGAUGGGAAGAGACUUUCGCUAUCCAAUGGUGUGGUUAACGCUGACACUAUCUUAAAGAUUUUGAACGACAACUUCCCCGAGAAGACAACGUUAAAGGCUAACGACCCUGCCAAACCUGCACCUAUUAACCUUUUUAAUAGUCAGCGCACCCAGGCUUUAUUGGGACCAUUUAUUAGCCCAGAAAAGACUGUUAUCGACACUAUCGAGCAGUUAAUUAAAAAUAAGAGAUUUUAG